GUAACACUACGGCAUACCACCUGUCGACGACCCCAUCCCACUGCCCGUCUAUCCAUUUUCAUGGCUAUCUUUUCAACAUUGGCGGGGCCUCUCGACUAGACUGUGGAUGCUAUUGCAGCGCCUACCGUCGUUCGAGCCCUCCCCACCUGCCCGUGUCCAAACCCAUCCCCGUCGAUACAUUCGUUCCAGCCGCCGCAGAGAAUGAUGGCGUCCGAAGUCUCACGCGUCUUGGGUAAAUCGACAUCCGCUGCUACCAAUGUCCGACCUUCUAGAAGUCCUCCCUGACUUUGACACGGGACCGUUCACACACCUGUUCCAUUCCCUCGAGAAAAACAACAUCUCUGUGGCGGAUCUUAUCUCCUUGGAGCCCAAAGAGGUUUCCCGAAAAUGCCCCCUUCCACUAGCCGAUGUGCAGAAGCUACGGCAAAGCCUUGUACAGGCUAUGCAGAACGAUCUGAAGAUCUUGGUGACCAAGACCCCUAGGCUGGGCUCCAGGGCUGUUCAGAAGACUACUAGCCCACCACCUGUUUCGCAAGCUGGUCCGAGCGAUCGACACGUAUCUCCUGUUCAGAACACGGCAAUUGUAGAUGAGUCCGAAGAUAUGCAACUGGCACAUACAUCUACAUCCUACCAUCCUGAGCAGGGCUUGAAGUUGUCUAUCCUGGACCCGCGGCUGGAUGAUGCUUUAGGAGGAGGCUUUCGCCCGGGACAUGUCUCAGAGAUUGUGGGUGAGAGCGCCGUUGGUAAGACGCAACUUGUUCUCGGAUUACUGCUUUCCGUUCAACUGCCUCCGCCGCGAGGGCUGGGUAAGUCGGGCAUGUACAUUUCAACUGAGGAUAGCCUCAAUACCAGACGGCUGUCGGAAAUGUUAGAUUCACACCCCGAGUACCAGAAGCUUCCUCCGGAGUGCCGGCCAACCAUGGAUCGUGUCCACGCUGUUACUGCCGACAACCUCGUGUGGCAAGAACACAUUAUUCGAUAUCAAUUACCGAUUGCUGUUCCGCGGAUGAACAUCGGUCUAGUCAUCCUCGACUCAGUCGCAGCAAACUUCCGAGCAGAGUAUGAGACAACAACAUCAGCUGCCCUGGCGGGUCGUGCAGCAGAUCUCAUUCAUUUGGGCAAUUCACUCCGGCGCAUUGCCAGUGAAUUCAACGCCGUGGUCAUUGUGACAAAUCAAGUGUCUGAUCGAUUUGACGAUCAGGGUGCUCACCGCACACGAACCUCAUUUCAGUCAGUUCCUUUUGUCGACCCUGCCUCGUCGGCAGCAGUUCCAGGGCUGACACGGCCGGUUCAAGCGGCUGACAGUCAACGUCGCAGAAUGGAGGUCCAGAGUCUUGACCAUCAGCUGCGCUUCUUCACAGGUUGGGGGAGUCAAGCACUGUCCAGCUAUGAAAACAUGAAAACACCAGCGCUGGGUCUCGCCUGGGCAAAUCAAAUCUCUGCUCGUCUCGUCCUUAAGAUGGAACACGAGCGAGCUUAUGCCGGGGUUGGCAACGGAUCGAGAGAGGGGAGGAGGAAACGUUCUCUAAGCAUUGUGUUUGCGCCAUGGACUCCUGCCACGCCGGUACCGAUCGGCUAUGAAAUCACUACAAGUGGAAUCAGAUCUGUGGGAGGAGACAUUGCCAACAGGCAGCAAGAGGAGGAGCAUGAUCCUGAUCUGCUCAAUCCUCAGUUCUGGGCAGAGGAUGAGGAAUUCCCAUGAAAUGCAUGGUCUGUGGGUUAUGUGUGGCUAAGAAGGCUUUGAUUUUGGAUGGCCAACAGGGGCGCAUUAUAUACUUGUUGGCUAAAACUGUCGUCUGCAUCAACAAAACCAGUCCAUUAUUUUAGCUAGCCUUCAAUAUAUAUUCCAAAUGGUGCAUGAAUAGGAACAAGAGCACCAAUGCUGUCUGAAGGUGACACUAGAACCUAUGC